AUGUUCUUGUUCCUUUGUUUGAUCGUAUUGCCUACAGUAUUUGGUGGCACUACGGUACUGGAAAUUUGCAAUAAAACGGUUGGUGGUGAUAAUAAACGUCGUCCAACGGUUGAUCCAAAUCUAUGCUAUGAUAAUGACGCUAAUGCUUGUCAUGCAGCGUUAGGAGUGACAGAUGGUCAAAAAUUACUAAAUCAAAAUAAAGAGAAUGAGGAUUAUGAAGUGCAUGAAAAUUGUUAUAAACCAGAGCUACGAGAUUAUGCACAACGAGAAUGCCCAAGGACAUGUGCAAUGUGUUGCUUAAGCAAAGCAUUCAAUUGCGAAAAUGAUUCAACUUCAACAAUAGCAGUCACUCGUCCAGCUUGUGCUGAUCAAAGAACUAAUUGUGAAAAAUAUGCGCCCUUCUGUCGCCAUGAAAGAUAUUCGGCGGUUCUGAGUACCAUUUGUCCGCGUACUUGUGGACUAUGUGUUCGUCGAUAA